GCAACAAUUCUUCUGUAACCCUUACCAAUGAAGGUGAUAUAGAGUACCUGGGACAAGUGAACGUUGGAGGACAAGAAUUUACUCUCGUCCUCGACACUGGGUCGAGCGACUUGUGGGUUCACAGUACUACCACCAAAAUAAACAUCACCUCCACUACCGACGAAUACAUCAACCUGACCUAUGGUAUUGGUUCUGCAGCGGGAAAUGUAUCGUACGCACCCGUUACAUUUGGGGGAUAUUCGAUUGACAGUCAAGUCUUGUUGAAUGUCAAUAAGACUGACCAGCAGGACAUCCAGGGUAUCUUUGGACUUGGCUUCAAUGGCCUGUCAGCUAUCUUCACCACAGUCAACGACCUAAAAGCUCGCACACCUGUCGACAGUAUCUUUGCUCAGAACCCCUCCACCUCUAAAUUUAUCGGCCUCUCCCUCGAGCGCACGGCAAAUCAGGAAGAUACAGCCGGGGGUGUGCUGUCCGUUGGCGAGUACGAUCCGCAGUACUCGAACAUAUCUACGAGCGAGAAGCACCCUAUCUUGCCUGCUAACUCGACCCGCUGGACGAUCGCUCUGGACGGGCUGAACGUUAAUGGGAAUAACCUGCAGAUAAAAUCGAAUGUUUCUAGUCAAGGAAAUGGCUCUCCGAUUGCUCUCAUCGACAGUGGCACUAGCUUGGCAUAUAUUCCCACUGAUGCUGUGAAUGCCAUCUACAGUAGCAUUAAUGGGUCUGUGCAUGUCCAAACAACCUCCGGACAAGACUCAUGGUUCGUGCCUUGUUUCGGUCAGGCAAACUUGACCUUUGUCUUUGG